CCUGCAAGCAGCAUUGCCUUCCGUAGCCUGCAGCAGGCGUGCUCGCUGUUUGCAGCAGUGCCCAGCCUCUCUCUGCGAAAUAAUGCUUUUUGUAUUCCCGCAUGCAGUUUGUUUUCUUUUAUAAAAUGUCAAGUGCAGGCAAAUCAUAGUCUUAACCGUCAUGGUCUAUCGUCGAUACAGUAGGUUGACCUAGCUAAUACGAUCCUCAUCAUCAAACGGUGGGUACUCCGCUCUGGCGUCAUGCAUGCACUGCCACAGCCGGGGAACCAACGCUAUAUCAAGGUAUAAACAGGAUGAGGCCUAUUUGUUAGACCCCGACCAACCCAUCUCCGCUCAACGAGAAUAUCAUCGUGAUGGCCGAUGAUGAACAACAACAACCUGGUCAGCUGAAGCCCAGCUCGGGAUUGGGCUCUCUUCCAACGUUAGUACCAGGACUACAGGGCCCCGAGGCCAAUGCGUUGCAGUACAAAAUAAAGAAUUCAAUUUGCAAAUCUGUACAAUCAAAAGUGGACAACAUAUUGCAAGAUGUUGAGAAGUUUACAGACAUCGAGAAACUCUACCUCUACCUUAAGUUGCCUUCUGGUCCCAACAAUGGCAUUGAUAAAAGGACUGAGAAUCAGAGAGCCUCCACUCCUGGACUAUGUGACCAGAGUGGCAUGUCGUCCAGCCGAACACAGCAGAUGUACGCUUUCAACUGGAUCCGGAAUCACCUAGAGGAGCAUCCUGAGACAUCACUGCCAAAGCAAGAGGUGUACGACGAAUACAAGAGCUACUGUGACAGUCUUGCCUACCACCCACUGAGUGCUGCAGACUUUGGAAAGAUCAUGAAGAAUGUCUUUCCCAACAUGAAGGCUCGCCGCCUGGGCAUGAGAGGCAAAUCUAAAUACUGUUAUAGUGGACUGAGGAAGAAAGCUUUUGUUCACAUGCCUUCUCUGCCCAACCUAGACUUACAAAAAUCAGACGACGGGUGUGAGUUAAUGGAGCCGUCGUCGGGCCAGUCUCCCAGUGCAGAGGAUGAGAUGCGCUCAGCGGCCUGUGGCUUGGUGUGUGAGUGGGCUCAGAAGGUCCUCAGCAGACAGUUUGAUGCUGUGGAGGACUUGGCUCGCUUCCUGCUCAACAGUCACUACAUAGGAACCAAGUCCAUGGCUGCUCUCACCGUCAUGACUGGGGCUCCCACAGGUCUGAAGACGCCCACGCCAACCUCUGCGUUCGUGCCCACAUCCGAGGCCUCGUCCUUCCAGCCGCAGGUGAAGACGCUGGCCUCUCCCUCAGUGGACGCCAAGCAACAGCUCCAGAGGAAGAUCCAGAAGAAACAGCAGGAGCAGAAGCUCCAGUCCCCCUUGCCUGGAGAGGCCCAGGGACAGGGACAGAACCAGGCCAGGAGGACCGAGGCCAGCACCCCAGGGCCAGCUAUCCCCUGUGGAAGUCCUGCAAUGCUCUCACCACAACCUACCAUUGGUAUAGUGGUGGCAGCUGUCUCCAGCCCCAUCACGGUCCAGAGGAGCAGGCAGCUGAUGACUUCCCCUAGCCCAGUGGGAUCCGCCGAGGGGAAGGUCCUGCCAACGGUCAAUUUCCAGGUGGUCACCCACACCCAGUCUCUGACCCACAGGCAGUCCCCGAAGACGCCCCAAAACAUCUCAGCCAGCCCCGUGGGCGACCGCCUGGCCAGGCACAGGUACCCCCAGAUCCUCCCCAAGCCCUCAGCCACAGGGGCCAUCACCCUGCGUUCGCCCCCCACCCUGCUCAUCACCAACAGCCCCAUCAAGACCCACCAUGUUGUCAAGAUGACCGCCAUCUCCCUGGCCCCUAGCAACACUCUCAGUACCAGCAGUAACAGUAUGGUCCUCAGGCCAGCUUCAGCCUCGGCCGGGGUGGGAACCACCACCACCACCACCACCUUUACCACCAUCGCUGCCCUAGAGGAGGUCCAGCAAAAGGGACAGAGCCAGGGAGGCCCCCCAGCCCCAGCCACCCCCCAGUCCCCUGCAGCAUGGCCUGGUGCCCCACCCUCCACCCCUAUUCCCACAGUGGCCCCUGAGGCCAUCAUCACUGAUAAUAACCCGGGCUGUAACUCUGAUAAACGGAGCACCAUAAAGCAGUCCCCCUGUGGGGCCAAGGGUCCAGAGAGAGCCACCAAGUACCGGGCGGCCAGCGAACCCUCGCUUAUGGUCAAAUGCUCACCAGGACCUGACAGAGUGACCGCCAGGACCAAAAGCGUCUCAUUCUCCUCCACCUCUCCUCCAGCUGCUGCCACCAAUGCAGCGAUCAAGUGGGCGGGGCCUCAGCAGGACUGCAAUAAGAGCAUCAUCGCCACCACCUGUCACCAAGAAAGUCCUUUGUAUCUGACCGUUGCUCCCUCGGCCAAUCAAAAUGCUCCUAGCGUCAGCGGAAUGUCCUCUUCGUCCAAUGGCUCGUCGGCUGUUACCUUAUUGUCCCCUAAAGACUCCUCGUCCGGGGUCAAGAGCCCCAGGAAGCGGGCCGGCCCCGGGCUGGAUUCCUCCCACGUCAUCCCUGUGAAGCGCGUCUUCAUCUCCCAGCAGCCUUUGAGUGUGACCUUUGACCCCAAACCAUGGGUCCCAGCUAGACCUGGCACUCCUGCCAGACCUGAGAGCGCCCCCUGUCGAGUGACGGUGAAACAACACCUAGUGCCCACGAAGAUCCUUGCGCUGUCCGACUCGCCUGUCACGAACGCAGAGAUCUCCUCCCUCUCCUUCUCUUCUUCUCAGGCUGUUGUCAGUGUGAAGCCCCAGGUCUCCUCGUUGCUGGUAGUGAAACGCGAAGACCCGUCCUCUCAAGGACUAACACUAAGCACUGUCAGCAGUCACACCAGCAGCACUGAUAGCACCACCACCACAGUGUCUGAGCAGCAGCAACCCUCUGAGGCCUCUGUCUCUGUGAUGGCGGUAGGAGCACAGCAACACUCUGAGGCCUCUGUCUCUGCGAUGGCAGUAGGAGCACAGCAGCAAUCUGAGGCCUCUGUCUCUGUGAUGGCGGUAGGAGCACAGCAGCAAUCUGAGGCCUCUGUCUCUGCGAUGGCAGUAGGAGCACAGCAUCAAUCUGAGGCCUCUGUCUCUGCGAUGGCAGUAGGAGCACAGCAGCAAUCUGAGGCCUCUGUCUCUGCAAUGGCGGCAGGAGCACAGCAUCAAUCUGAGGCCUCUGUCUCUGUGAUGGCAGUAGGAGCACAGCAUCAAUCUGAGGCCUCUGUCUCUGCGAUGGCAGUAGGAGCACAGCAUCAAUCUGAGGCCUCUGUCUCUGCGAUGGCAGUAGGAGCACAGCAGCAAUCUGAGGCCUCUGUCUCUGCGAUGGGGGACAUAAAGAGCACAAUGUGGGAGGAGUCAGCUGCGGGGCAUCCGGAAGAGCUGCAGAAACAGACCUUCAGUCAGAAUAUACCAGCAGACCACACGAAGCAGCAGGCCCUGGGCUCCACCAUGAACCAACACCAACUCCCAAACAUCAUGUCCCAGACUUCAGACUCCUCUGACCAGUUAUCUGGCCUUCACCAGGAGAUGGUGGACUUCGCCUCCUCAGCCUCCCAGCACGGCUCCACCAUGGACUACUUCUCAUUUAACGAUGAUGAUAUGACCCAGGACAGCAUAGUAGAGGAAUUGGUUCAGAUGGAAGAACAGAUGAAGCUGAAGGGCCUGCAGCCGCUGUUCAGUAGCUGUGUGGAUAAUAUCUCUCUCCAGGGCCAGCCUGGGGGCCCCCAGGGGUCCAUCCUCAACACCCACCACCAGGGGGGUAGCUCCUCUUUCUACCAGUCUGCCCAUAGCAGCACAACCCCCAUCCAGACUCCCACCCCGACUCCCACUCCGACUCCAACCCCGACCCCCACCGAGAUGACUCUCGGUGGGCACGGGCUGACCAGAGAGAGCCCCUGCUGCCAUCACAGCAUGGCCCCUAUCACGCCCGUGGAGGUCCCUCUAGGAGGCCGACACACCCCUAUAAGCGCUCUGUCUAACUGUUCUAGCGGCAUCCCGCCCAGCCCGGUGGAGUGCAGGAACCCGUUUGCCUUCACACCUAUCAACUCCAGCAUGGCAGGGGGUUACCAUGAUGCCUCCGUGGUGUCUGUCUCCUCCAGUCCCAUCAAGCCCAUGCAGAGACCCAUGGCCACUCACCCAGAUAAGGCUAAACUGGAGUGGAUCAACAACCGUUACAACAGUAGUGGUACUGAAGCUAUUGGAGGAGUCGGAGCAGGGCCAGGGUCUGGGUUAUCCAUCUCUAACCACAGCCUUGGUGGACUCCUGCCUAGUUACCAGGAUCUAGUGGAUGACCAUUUCCGUAAGCCGCAUGCCUUCGCUGUUCCGGGCCACAGUGGCCAGUCUUUCCAGUCUCAGUCCAGACUGCAGGAUGGCGAACACUUCUCUCCCAUCUCCCCGGUGCAACAGCAGAUGACCAGCGUGUCGACCACGCCCACCAACACUCCAACCAAACAGGAUGAGAGCUUUGCUGUGCCCGCCCCUUUAGACAACAAGGGCGGAGCCUUGUCGUCAGGGGGCGGGACGUUCCGUUGCCGUAGCGUCAGCCCCGCCGUGCGCCAGAGGACCUUCAGCGGUACCGGCAUAACCCCCGGCACUGGCUCAACCACUCAAUUGGUAGUCUCCCCUUUCAGCUCCCCCAUGACCUCCUCCGAGAUUCUCAGCUUCCUGUCCAACAGCCAAUCGGUGGGCAGUAACCUCCACAGCAUGGCCCAGCGCAGCCAAUCGGUGCCCUUAAACAUCAUGAUGCAGAGCGUUGUGGAGAUGGAGCUGCUUCCUGUAGAGAUGCAGGCCAUCCAGGGACAGAACCAGAGUAAUGCCACUAAGAUCACCAACGUCCUGUUGAGUAAGAUGGACUCUGGCGUGGACGACACAGUCAGGGGCCUGGGCAUCAACAACUUCCCCUCCAACUACACUGCCCGCAUGAACCUCACCCAGAUGCUGGAGACCCAGUCUCAGAGCCAGGCCACCAAUGGGAGCUUCACAACCGGAAGGGGAGGAGGUAACACCCACCAAUCCCACCUUCAGCUGCAGACCGUCAGCUCCAGCCCUGCCUCCUUCGACCUCCAGCAGCAUGGGGGCUACCUCACCAGCGCUGGAGGAGGCGGGGGGGGGAUGAGCUUCUCCUCUGGAGACAACCAAGCACAAUCAGGUCCUGGUGAGAACGUGGACCUGGAGCUACAGCAGAUCCAGGGCCUCCAAGAGCUUCAGGGAGACUCUGGACAACUCCAGACCCAGCUCCAAUCCCAGGCUAGACUGCUCCAGAGUCCCCAUCCCCAGCUCCAGGGCGGGCUCCAGCUUCUCCAGCCCCAGUCCCAGGUACUCCUCCAGCCCACCCCCACCCAGCAGCAGCAGGAGGAUGACGCCCAGCAACAGCUAGACUUCAACAACACUGUUAAAGACCUGUUAGGUGAUGACGGCCUCAACGUUGACGCUGAAGGCCUCAACCCCAGCUCUCAACUGGUCGGUCAGGUGGCGUCAGAGCUUAACGCCGCCGUGGUGUCCGACUUCACCAAUGACAUCAGGUUGACCUCCGACCUCUCCAACAGCAUCACUGACCUGAACACACUGGACGCCAACCUCCUGUUCAAUCCGUCCAAUCAGCAGCAAGAACAGUACGAAGACGCCACACUGGAAGAGCUGAAGAACGAUCCUCUGUUUCAGCAGAUAUGUAGUGAUACUGUGAACUCCUCGUUCGACUGGCUAGAGAGCAAAGACCAGCCUACUACCGUAGAGAUGUUGGGCUAAUGUUGUUAUUGAAUGCAUCCCGAAUGGAUGCUUAUUCCCUACAUACUGCACUACUUUUCAUCAGGGUCCAUAGGGUCGAACCCAUAGGGCCUGGUCAAACGAAGUGCACUAUAUAGGGAAUAGGAUGCCAAUUCAAAUGCAAACCGGUAUUUUUAAAUAAGUAUUUAUGGUU